AUGGCGGUGUGCAUAGCAGUGAUCGCUAAAGAGAACUACCCGCUGUAUAUCCGCAGUGUGCCCACUCAAAACGAACUGAAGUUUCACUACACAGUUCACACCUCUCUGGAUGUUGUUGAGGAGAAGAUCUCAGCAGUGGGCAAAUCACUGGGAGACCAGAGAGAGUUGUACCUGGGCCUGCUUUACCCAACUGAAGACUAUAAAGUAUACGGAUAUGUUACAAACUCAAAGGUAAAAUUUGUGAUCGUCGUGGACUCCUCAAAUACAUCACUACGGGACAAUGAAAUAAGAAGUAUGUUCAGAAAAUUACACAACUCUUUUACUGAUGUAAUGUGCAACCCAUUCCACAAUCCUGGGGACCCCAUUCAGUCCAAGGCCUUCAAUGGGAUAGUUUCUGGAAUGAUGGUGCAAACUGGCUGA